GUCCAAACAGAGAUCAGAGAACUCAGGUCAUUCUCUCUACUAUACCUUUUUCCGCGUUUUUUAUGCUUUUGGGAAGCAUUAAUGAUGUAGUGACGUCAUCAGCUUGUAAAGUUCUUGAAAAAUUAUUACAACCCAUGAACUAUGCAGACAUAAGUUCUUCAGGACUAAAGGAGUAUUUGGCAAUUGGUUUGCGACAUGAUUAUCCUGAGGUUCGAAUUCUUGCACUACGCCAGGUCGAAAAAUGUUUAGAAUCAGAAGAGUUUAUCCAAGAUUUUGUUAAAUCACCACUUUUCCCUGAUGUUUUGGAAUGCUUGGGAUUUAAUAAUAUUCCUACAUCUAUUAGAGUUACAGAUUUUCUUGUUAAGCUUGUCAAUACUAGUGACUAUGGACUGAAAGCUUUAUUUGGUUCGGAAUCUAUUGGUAUUCUUACUAAACUUUCUCAGGGUGAUGAAACUGUAAAGUUUCGUGUCUUUGAUUUGAUUGUUCAGAUAUCACCUUCUUCUCCGGAGGCAUUCCAAUUGUGUGAAUCAUCUGGUGCUUUAAACGCAAUAACUUCCGAAUUAGAUUCUGAUGACUUAUUAAUUAGGUUGAAUGCAGUAGAGACCUUCUCCAAGAUUAUUCAAAGUCAUUCUGGAUAUUCUUUUCUAGAGAGGUCUGGAAUCAUAAGGACACUUAUUGAUUUUUUGUCACAAACGGAAGAAGAUAUUGUGCUUAUUUUAUUAAAGUGUGCAGUAUUGAAAUUUUUCGGGAGAUUAUCUGAGAUUGAGACAAUAGAUUUUUCCGCAAUGGACAACAAAUAUAAAAUUUUUUCCUUAAUUGACGCACAUCUUCUGAUCAAUAAUAUGGAUCUUAAGAUAACAUCAAUCAAUAUUAUCGGAGUUAUAGGCCAUAAUCCACGUGGCCUUUAUCUCUUAUAUAAUUGCGUCUCCCCAAAUUUACUUAAUGACUUUAUGGACCUUCACAAUAGUUCAAUCGGUGAGGUGAAAUUGGCAUGCUUGCAGACUAUAUCGUGCUUAAUUGGCGCAAGUGAAAACCCAACACCAGAAAUAUCUAAUAUUACCGAACAAAUAUAUCAAAAUCCAACACCUCUCGCCACCUUGAUCACUAAUGCAAAAACAACUAUUGAAGAACUACGUAUAGCAAGUUUUGCCGUUAUGCAAAAGAUAGCCAUACAUUCAUGGGGUAAAAUUGAAAUGUCAAAUUCCAAAGAAUUUAUCGAUUACAUAGUUAAUCGUACAACAGAAUUCUCUCAUAAAAGCUGUGAAUGGAAGUUUUCAAUAAUUCAAACACUGUGCUCAACAUCGGAUGCCGAAAAUAUUAUUGCGCCCAAUGUUCUUGGGCGUUUGAGACG